GGGGAGAGCCAGAAGGUAACACAGGCAUGAGGGAGCCCCGGGACAUAAAGCAGCCAGCCACCAGAGGUGUGGACUCGAGUUACAUGACUUGGACUCGAGUCAGACUCAAGUCAUGAAUUUGAUGACUUUAGACUCGACUUGACAAAAUGUAAAGAGACUUGCAACUCAACUUGGACUUUAACAUCAGUAACUUGUGACUUCACUUGGACUUGAGCCUUUUGACUUGACAAGACUUGCUGCUUUCCCCAAAACCCAAAAAUUAAAAAGUAUGUUAUUAAGGAACGUAUCUUUCAUUGUGUGUAUGUGUGCGUCUGUGCAUGUAUUUGCUGUCGGCACAACAUCCAAUCAAAUUAGAUCCACAUUGUUUUGAUCUGACAUGCUGUCAUCCAAUCAAAUUGCAGGACAACCAAUGAAGAGGAACUGUCAAACAACAUGCCAUUAAGAAAAAAUUAUACCAAAGAUAGUUUCAUUCGGGUAUAAAAACUACGAGGUGGUCAACAAAAAAUGAAUUGCAGUAUGCAAAACAUGCGGGUCGAAGAUUACAGACAGAGACGCAACAACUUCUAACUUCAUUCGACAUUUGAAGUUGCACAAAGAACGAUUUGAAGAAUACCAGAUGAACAAAAGCAUCACAAAUGAAGCACAACAGCCUUCAAUUCCUGGACAAUCGUGUCGGGCAUUACAGCAUGAGUCAUCCACAGCAGAAAGCUAUCACCAAUGCAAUACUGUCUGACCUGAUUAUUGAUUGCAACUUGCCCCUGUCUAUUGUGGAAAACGAGUUUUAGGCACUUUCUGACAGUACUUGACAGCAAGUACACCCCAGUGUGUCGCAGAACACUGACAUCAAAAACAGAGAACCUCGCUGAAGAGAGACGUUCAAAAUUAAAAACUCUAUUUAGCAACACUGACCAUGUUUCAGUCACUGUGGACAUUUGGUCUGACUGAAAGAUGAGGGGAUUCCUGGGUGUCACUGUGCACUGGAUAGAGAAAGAGGCAGAGAGGAUACAGCUGAAGUCCAAUCUCUUGGCCUUGAACAAGAGGAUGACGAUGAUGGAGAUCAUCUUGAUGACCCUGAGCUCUGGUGUGACUUAACCCUGGAAGAUCAGCAAACAGUAGAUGUUGCUAUGGCAAAGAAACAGUGCUUGCAGUGUUUUGUGCACACUUUUCAGCUGGUGGUGGGAGACGGUUUGAAAGAAACAAAUGUGGUAUCUCCUUCUCUUUCAAAGUUAUCAAAACUCAGCUCACUGCUGCACACAAGCACAACAUUCAAAGAUGUGUUUGAUGCUGAAUUUGGGGAACAGAAAGGCAUCCCUGCUGCAGUUAACACAAGAUGGAACUCAACACUGAGGCAAAUGAAGGCAGUUCUCCAGUGCAAUCAUCUAAAGCUCUGUGCUGUUCUAGAAAAGGCUGGGCACAGGGAGUUGUCAUUCACAGCACAGGAGUGGAAUCUGUUGAAGGAGUUGGUGGACAUCUUGAAGCCAUUUGGAGAAGCAACUGAUUUGACAUGGGGGAGAAGGUCAUCACAAUCAGUGCUGUUGUUCCAUCCAUCUUGUCCCUCAGCCACCACCUUGAGAAGCUGAAGCCUCAAGUCUGUUUCCUGAGCAGCCUGGUCAAAAGUCUCCAGGCAUCCCUGAACAGAAGAUUUCUUGGAAUCUUCAUCAACAUGAAAAUGGCCAGGACACAAGAUGGGGUCACUGCUCCCUUUUCAGAUCCAAUCUACCUCAAAGCAGAUGCCUUGGAUCCAGCCUCUUCUCUGUUGUGGGUGGAGCCCCAUGUGCUGGUCAAUCGUGAUGUCAAGGCAGAGGUGGCACAACAAGUUAAAGAAUUGAUCCUGCAAGAUGCUGCAGAGACUGAGCAACAUGUGCCUUUUGUUGAUGAAGAAGAGCAAGAGGACCUCAGAGAAGGAGAAGGGCUGUUUGCUGCAUACCAUAAGAGGCAGAAGAAGGAUGUUGGGACUACUCCAUCACUACAGCUAAGUCACUAUCUUGACAUAGCCGAAGGACAGAACGCCCUUUUGUUCUGGGCAUUGAACAUGAAGACUCUUCCUUCGCUGUUCCGAGUGGCCAUCAGAGUCUUGGCAGUGCCUGCCUCCAGUGCUCCAGUGGAGCGAGUUUUCAGCCAUGGUGGCAUCAUACUACGUCCCCAUCAUGCACAAAUGACUGACAGACUUUUGGCCAAUUUGGUCUUUUGCAAAUGCAAUGCAGCAUAGGGCUCUGACAUAUAAAAAGCACAACCCUGUUCAUUGUUAUGUUCAUGUAUUUGUUAUGUUUCUCACAUGUACACACACACACACAGACAAUAUUAGAUGAGAUAAGAACAGGACAGGACAAACUGCUGUGGAACUAGUUGAAAUGCAAUAUGCCAUGGAAAUACAAUGUUAGCACUUUUGUACAAAUAAUUACAGUUGCACUUGUUUUUUCAAAUGUGUUUAUUCUGUAAAGGAGUGGUUUAAAAUGAAGAAUAUUCUUACAAAAUAUGAGUUAAA